AUGGCGCGAAGUCCUGUUCUAGCCGCAAUGUUUUCACAUGAAAUGAUUGAGAAGAAAGAAAGUAAAAUAUCAAUACCAGAUAUUAGUUCAGAGAUAUUCGAAAUGGUCUUGAAGUACAUCUACACUGAUGAAGUCACUGAUCUGGAUUUGUAUGCUGAUGAUUUAUUAGAAGCUGCGGAAAAAUAUCAGCUACUGUCACUUAAAAAUAUUUGUCAAGAAUCGCUUAGUAAAACUUUGAAUCUUGAGAAUGCACUUUAUUUAAUGACUUUAGCUGACUCGUAUAACGCCACUCAUCUAUUAGAGUUUACAAGCAAUUUUUUGGUUUUAAAUAUGAAAAAUAUUAUUGACACUCAGGAUUUUAAACGAUUGGAGAAAUCACACCCUUCUUUGGCAUUGGAACUGUUGAAAAAAUAUUCAUUUUCUAACAAGGAUGAGAAAGCUAGUGUUCCUGAUCCGACUGCAAAAUAG